AGCAGACAGAGAGAGAGAUAGAGAGAGAGAGAGAGAGAGAGGGGAAAGCGAGGUACGGAGGGAAAAUUGCCAUGGCCGCUUCUUCUUCCAUCACCAACGCUCAGUCCCUUUUGGUUCGCUUCAUUUCCGGCCACCACUCCGCCACCCUUGUCCACCCGGACCAGAUCUCUAUCCCGACCGGAUUUGGCCGUAGCUCGCGAGCUGGCCGAGGCCUAAGGGUCUCCUCCCGCCCGCUUCCGGCGGCAUCGACGCCCCGCCUUUUGAAUCCUCCGCGUGCGGCCGCGGUCGAGACGCUGGAGGGCAAAGCCGGAACGACUGAGCUUGUCGAGAAGUCGAUCAACACGAUACGGUUCCUGGCCAUCGAUGCGGUCGAGAAGGCGAAUUCGGGUCAUCCUGGGCUGCCUAUGGGUUGCGCCCCCAUGGGUCACAUCCUUUACGAUGAGGUCAUGAGGUAUAACCCAAAGAAUCCCUAUUGGUUCAACCGCGACCGUUUCGUGCUCUCUGCUGGCCAUGGCUGCAUGCUCCAGUACGCUCUUCUGCAUCUCGCUGGUUAUGACAGCGUCCAGGAGGAAGACUUGAAGCAGUUCCGUCAGUGGGGAAGCAAAACACCUGGUCAUCCUGAGAACUUUGAAACACCGGGUGUUGAAGUCACAACUGGUCCUCUGGGUCAGGGAGUUGCCAAUGCUGUCGGAUUAGCACUUGCUGAGCGACAUCUUGCAGCUCGUUUCAAUAAACCUGAUAAUGAGAUUGUCGAUCACUAUACAUAUGUUAUUCUUGGAGAUGGUUGUCAAAUGGAGGGCAUUUCGAAUGAAGUUUGUUCUCUUGCUGGGCAUUGGGGUCUUGGCAAAUUGAUUGCUUUCUAUGAUGAUAAUCACAUUUCAAUUGAUGGGGACACAGAGAUUGCAUUUACUGAAGAUGUGACUGCCCGUUUUGACGCCCUUGGUUGGCACACUAUUUGGGUGAAGAGUGGCAACACCGGCUACGAUGACAUCCGAGCUGCAAUCAAUGAAGCGAAGGCUGUCAAGGACAAGCCCACAUUGAUCAAGGUCACAACUACCAUUGGGUAUGGCUCACCCAACAAGGCAAACUCAUACAGCGCACAUGGAAGUGCAUUAGGUGCAAAGGAAGUUGAUGCAACAAGGCAGAACCUUGGAUGGCCAUAUGAGCCUUUCCAUGUGCCUGAGGAUGUGAAGAGCCAUUGGAGCCGCCAUGUCCCCGAAGGUGCUUCUCUUGAAGCAGAAUGGAAUGCAAAAUUUUCUGAGUAUGAGAAGAAGUACAAAGAGGAAGCAACAGAGCUGAAAGCCAUCAUCUCUGGAGAACUUCCUGCAGGAUGGGAGAAAGCUCUGCCGACUUACACCCCGGAGAGCAACGCAGAUGCCACUCGGAACCUCUCUCAGCAAUGCCUUAACGCACUUGCGACUGUCCUCCCAGGUUUCCUUGGAGGAAGUGCUGAUCUUGCUUCCUCCAACAUGACAUUAUUGAAAAGCUUUGGGGACUUCCAAAAGGCCUCUCCAGAGGAGAGAAAUCUCCGUUUUGGUGUUAGAGAACAUGGUAUGGGUGCCAUCUGCAAUGGAAUUGCUCUCCACAGUCCUGGUCUCAUUCCCUACUGUGCAACAUUUUUUGUUUUCACUGACUACAUGAGAGCGGCAAUAAGGAUCUCAGCUUUGUCUGAAGCCGGAGUCAUUUAUGUCAUGACACAUGAUUCUAUUGGUCUUGGUGAAGAUGGCCCUACUCAUCAGCCCAUUGAGCAUUUGAUGAGCUUCAGAGCCAUGCCCAACAUUUUGAUGCUCAGGCCAGCCGAUGGAAAUGAAACUGCUGGUGCUUACAAGGUUGCAAUCCUUAACAAAAAGAGGCCAUCAAUCCUUGCUCUUUCACGACAGAAGCUUUUGCAGCUUGCAGGGACUUCAAUAGAAGGAGUACAGAAGGGAGGGUAUGUUAUCUCAGAUAAUUCUUCUGAUAACAAGCCAGAUAUCAUUCUCGUCGGCAGCGGCUCGGAGUUGGAAAUCGCCGUCAAGGCUGCCGAUGAGUUAAGGAAGGAAGGAAAGACUGUUCGAGUUGUUUCGCUUGUGUCUUGGGAAUUGUUUGAUGAGCAGUCCGAUGAAUACAAGGAGAGUGUCUUCCCUGCAGCUGUGACUGCUAGAGUAAGUAUUGAGGCUGGAACCACAUUUGGUUGGGAGAAAUUUGUUGGAAGGAAGGGUAAGGCUAUUGGGAUCGACCGGUUUGGAGCCAGUGCUCCUGCUGGGAGAAUAUACAAGGAGUUUGGCUUGACGCCGGAGAAUGUCAUUGCUGCAGCUAAGAGUUUAUAAUCUUACUCUAGAUUUAAGCCAUUUAUCCUUUAGGAAGAGAAUCCUGUCUCUCAGACCAUCGCUGGAGUUUCUAGGGACAGAUGAGAGAACAGUUUGAGAUGAUUCGCUUCUGCUUGCUGGAUGCAAUAAAAUUUGAUCAUUUUACUUUAGAUCUUUCCUCACGUAUGUUAUUGAGCCUGAUUGUUGUACUGAACUGCCUUUUCUAUAUAACUACAUGUUCUAUGUACUACUUAAUUUUGAAUGAUUUACAUGAGAAUAAAUGAAUUGCGUUAUGGAGUUCAA